AUGGAAAAUUUGAGAGAAGAUUAUCGGGCCAGGGUACGCGAAGAUCUCCUAACAGAAGCUGCCUCGGACACUAAUAAGGUCAAAUUUUUCCAGGAGCAGUUCCAGGUCAGUCAAGGUGGUCGUUUUAUAGUACGUGAUACGUGAUGAUUAUAAUUUUGGAAACACAUUGAUCGAUCGUACGCGGUCACUAUCAUCAGUUAGUGAUGGAACGUUAAUUCUUGAAUCACGUAGCCAGUUUUGUGAAUCUGAGCUUUUGAUCAAUAUAUGCAGUGGGAUAAUUUAGCCCUGAGAAAAGUCAGGUUACUGCCAAAGUUACUUCGUUAAGUCAACUUUAACCGUGUGUUUUCUUUUUUAAGCUUUGACGUACUCAUAAGCUUAGAAUAAUAUUAGUGACGUAAACAAAUGAAGGGGUUUGGAAAUUACUAUAUAAACAUAAUGUAGGAUGACUUUUUGGCCUUCAUAUCCGAACUUCUUCAUCCUAUGCUGUAUUUUAAAGGGAACAUUUACACAAACGAAAGAUUGAUGUAUUUGCCAGGCAACUUGAAAUUUUAGUGACAUCCCUGAAUAUUAUUGUCAUUGGACAGCAGCUGGUCAGUGAUCUCUGACUGAAAAUCACCAGCAGAGAAAGUAUGAGUGUUACUUUCCAGUUCUUUCAUCUUUAGAGUUAAAGGAUGUGUUCAUUUGCACAAAUCAAAGAUAAAAGAUUUUUCCUGAAUAUACAUACAUAUUUUUUAAAAAUAUUCAGUACACAGUGCAGUCUGUCACCCACUGCUUGAUUAAUAACUUUUAAGACUUUAAGACUAAGUCUUAAAACAAAGGUCGGAUUACUAGCCAACAAACCAUUGUCACCCACUGCUUGAUUGACAACUUUUAAGACUUUAAGACUUAAGUCUUAAAACUAAGGUAGGAUUACUAGCCAACAAAAUGGUUGGAAUGACCUUUUGAAAGCUAAUCUCACAGGUGUUCCCUCCUCUCUCCCUCUCCCUCUCUUCCUUCUUUUUUUUCCUGCUCUCUUACUUCACGCCAUGCUCCAUCUGAACGUCUGGAACUGGCAAUAAAGAUGGUUGAAAACAGUGCCUUGAAAAAUUUAGUUUAAGCUUCUUUCAUGUGGCAGUUAUUUCUAUGGGCAAUAUUUUACAACUGCAGGGUUUGUGUUUAUUUGUUGCAGAAGAAGGAUGGAUUGCCAGUAUAUAUGAAAGGCAGAUAUGGAAUUCCUAUGACCAGGUAAUUUGUCAUACAUUCAAGCUUUUCAUGGUAUGCCCUUCUCAUGGCCACAUGUAAAAAAUAUGGGAUACUGAUUAAACAAUAAUUUUUUUUUUACCAGAGAUAUAAAAAGCAUGAGAGUGACUAAUAAUAGUUCUUAGACCAAUAAUUAUUUUGAGGUGACUGACACAUAGGCUAAGACUAAGGUUUAACACUUUUUUUAGUUUUUCUCAGUUUGUAGGGGAAAGAUUGCCGGUUAGACAGCAAAGCAUGUGGUCCAAAAGCUUUUCCCUUUGGUACAUUUAUAAUAUUGUGUUUUGAUUAUUUCCAUUAUUCAAACCACCCAUGCACAAAUUAAAGUAUCUUAAAAUCUGAAAUUGGCAGUGCCAGUAUAUAUUGUGUGCUCAUUCUAUCUCUGGUAUUUUUAGGGUUGCAUCCCAUGACUUUGGCAUGAGAAGGGUCACAUGACCCCCUUAAGGGCCUACACAUGCAUCAAAGGGACUCGCUGUCCCACACAGGUGUUUUUAGGGGCGCUCGUUUUUCAUCCCUCCCCACAAACGCCUACUCAGCCAAAAACAACAUUCCUUUCCCAUUGUUUUAUUUGCGUGGUAAGUGACCAAUAAGUAGUUGUGCAAUGUGGUGUUGACAGGCUAAACGCGACUAAAACGUGACCCUAGAGUUACCGUUUUCCUUCUUUUCUCUCCUUCGCUAAGGUUAUGAAGUGCAUGGAGUAUUCUAAAAUUUUACUAAAUCUUAUUUUUGCCGCUCUGAAUCUAAGAUUUAUUAGAGGUCAGAAAGUUUUUCCAGUGAUUCAUGCAGAUCGAGUAAUUAUCAGAUUACCUUGCGGUCAAGGUCAACUUUCCAGAAUUUGGAAAGUACAAUGUGAUUGGCUAAGCAUUGGAAAGGAAUGUUGUCUUCAGUUGAGCAGGCGUUUGUGGGAAGGGAUGAAAAACGAGCUCCCCUAAAAAUGCCUGCGUGGGAGGCUUCAAAGGGACAGGACCAAGAAUAUUUUUUGCUCCCAAAAUUUCCAUGAUUCUAAAGGAUUCCUGCAGGGGGCACUUUGACUCCAGCUUUUCUGCCGAUUAAAAUUCAAUAUUUCUUAUCAAUCAAAUUUCUUUGUGUAUCAGGCUAACCUAAAAGUAAAGCAGGAAAGGUGUUGAAUGAAUUUGAAAAUUUCAAAGGGUUUAUCUCCUUGAGGUGAAAGAAAAACAGAUAUAAACCACUACAGGUUAUUAACAAAUGGAACUGAGCUUACAGUGUUUACAUAUAUAUCUCUUCCAUAAUGGCGGCCUUUUGAUAUAUUCUUUUAUAUGUUUGAUAAUUAGCCUUUCUAGCCUUGUUUGAAGGUAAGAAUUUUUUUUCCACACACUAACAAGGUCAGGCAGGCUAAUUAUUAUUGCCAUUAUGAGUGAGGUCUACACUUUGGCAUUUAAAUUUCUACAUUGUGACAAAGGUCUUCAAUUGCAGAUUUCUUUUUUGGUCAGUUGGGAUUGGCUGCGUCAUCACUGUGGGAGCUAUGGGUCUUAUGGCGACAAACAAUUUGCCCAAAAAGCAGCGUUGAACAAGAUACUGAAACUACAAAGCAGAUCAAAUGCCUAUUUUAUUGACAGUUAAAUGCAGAAAUGUGGCUACUAAACAAGACACAAACUUUUAAAUGUCUUAUAAAUUGUUCCCUCUAGGCAUUAUGUGCCAGCUCAAUAAAGACUGUAUAUGUUU